AUGGAUCACAUUUUCAUGCCUGGGAUGGUCGGUCAUUCUCCAUUGAUCGGUUCGUAUGAUCAAAGAUGGGGUGCCCGAUUUGUCCCUUCAGCUGGGAUUUAUGAUAUUGAAUUGAGAUCAAAAAUGCUCAAGUUGGGUCAAGCGAGUGACUACCGAGUACAUGAGGGGAUCUAUGCAAUGCUGGCAGGUCCCCAAUACGAAUCAACUGCUGAGAUCGAUUAUCUGAGAUUGAUUGGAGCGGAUAUUGUUGGAAUGUCCGUUUCCCACGAGACUCUCGUCGCUCACCAAAUGGGUAUCCGAGUGUUGGCGAUGGCGUUGAUCACUAAUGAUCUUCAAGACGCAUCGAAAUGUGGUGCAAAUCUCAAAUCCGAGGAUGUUCUCGAAGCAGCCGAAGAAGCCGCGAAUAGGGCAAGGACAUUGAUUUUGGGAUUGAUUUCACAGGAA